CUAUCUGUAAAAACCCCAACAAAGACGCUCGAGGUGUGGUCCCUUGCAUUCGGUCGCCCUCGCACCACCAAAUUCGCCGCCGCAGCAUAGGGCUCUCCAUCCGUCGCCGACGACAGAGCCAGCGAGGGGAAGGAGAAGAUGGGUGGCGGGAUGGAAGUGCACAAGAACCGGUGGAUCGAGGAGUGGAACGCCGGCCGCGAGAACCUCGAGUUCAACUUCCGCUGGACGCGCCGCAGCCUCGCCGUCGUCGGCCUAUUCGGCCUCGCCGUCCCCAUCCUCGUCUACAAGGGCAUCGUUCGCGAAUUCCACAUGCAAGAUGAGGAUGCGGGAAGACCGUUGAGGAAGUUCCUGUAACCUGGAGAACCAUGCUCAUUUUGCUUAAGAAAUAAGUGUUUUUGCCAGAUCUUGGCAGUGUCAACAUGAGAAACAUAAUUAUACUCAGUUCUCUGUCACCACUUUAAGUUGUUGUGCUUCGCUCCAGCUGUUUCUUUGAGGAACCUGUGUACCUUCUUGGCUUCUUUAUGGCCAUGGGCAUACAUUAUCAAUGCCCAACCCCCCAAGAGGAGUAUGCAACUGUGUAGCUGUGAUGGUGGGUUCAGUUUUUUCAGUAAGCUGGUGCACCCGUGUUUUGGUAAAAAUCAAAUAGCCUCACUGACCCUCGCCCAUGGAGCACGGUAUUUUUUGUAAUGCAAAAUUUCCAUAAAAAUGUCUUUUCUGUGCUUUGAGACUCC